CUCAACCCCAAUUAUUCAGCAUGGCAUGAUAUCGGCCUCCGGUUAUUUGAAUUCUUGUGAACUCUCUCCCCCUUCCCCCCAUCCUCCAGUCAUCAUCCCCGUCCCCUCAAAGGUUCCAUGCAGUCCAUACGCACGGUUCGACUGACACCACUUUCCGGUUUUCAUUUGGGGUCCAAUACCCGCCGCAGGCGGUUUCUCAAAUACGGUGUUGACUUGAUUCGAUCAGUUUCUUCGACUGCCUCAACCUCGAGAAGUGUUCAUUCGGUUAACACGUUGAGGCCCAAUGCACAAGGAAUUCGAGAUUAUGACGAUACUCCUGGACGUACACUACGCAUGGUCAUAUUCGGCAAGCCCGGAGCUGGUAAAGGCACUCUCAGCAUGAGGCUGGUCAAGAAAUACGACAUCACGACUUUGUCCACGGGUGACUUGUUGAGGAUGCACAUUCAGGAGAGGACGGAGGUCGGACGACAAGCAGAAGCGAUUGUCGCCCAAGGAGGGCUAGUACCUGAUGAACUCAUGCUUCAGAUACUUACCGGGAAACUCGACCAACUUCAUAGCAAGCAUUGGAUAUUGGAUGGGUUCCCCCGUACCUUACCUCAGGGUGAACUAUUGGAUGCUCACCUAAAAAAGCAAGGGCUACCCCUCACACUCGUUGUUAAUUUGGACGUACCCGACGACGUUAUUUUGAGUCGGAUUUCCGACAGAUGGGUACACCUUCCAUCCGGACGAGUAUACAAUAUGUCCUACAACUGCCCUAAAAUCGACGGCUUUGACGAUGAAACUGGGGAGCCCCUAGUCAAAAGACCGGAUGAUAACCCAGAGGUCUUCGCCCGUCGUCUCCAGAAGUUCUACAGCACCACUUCCCCUCUCAUCGCCUACUACACCAACCAGGCCAAUCAACGAACUCCGGCACGUCCUCAUCGCAAUCCUCACCAGCACCCACAUCAGUUGGCCUUCCAUGUACAACCACCGCAUCGUCUGGUUUUCAAGACGCUGACAGGAACAACGUCCGAUGAAAUAUGGCCCAAGUUGGAAGCGACAGUAGUGGGUGCCUUUCCCGGGAUCCGGGAGAGGCCAGAGAGCAGAGAAGGAAGAAGAAGGCAUAGUCUGAGUGACGCGAUCAUAGCCAGGGGUUCUCCCAGAGAUGCAAGCCAGAACUAGAAGUAAAACUUGCCCCACUCUUUUACUUUCGUUCAAUUUCUCCCCUCCAUAGGUUCAUAUGGAUGGCUGUAUUUUUAUUCAUUCGAACUUUGCACUCCGAUUAUUAUACUACCCCCCCCUUCGUCCCAAUGGUACCUUAAUUCACUUCAUUACCAUUA